AUGCCUUCAGACAGCAGACCGGCGAGGAUGGACCUGGCCUUCGACUCGCCCGGCGCUCCCCCAGGCAUCGCGGCUUUGUUCCUGAUCCGCUUCGACAUCAGAGCCGGAUACACGAUUGCCUGGAAGAAGACGGCUCCAGAGAUCGUACUCGACAAUGCGGUGGAAUUCAAGUCUCUACCCUCUGGCGCGCACAACGUCAAGGAGGACCUAGUAUACUUUGUCCACGAUCAAUACAUCGGACUCAGCGCUUUUAUCAACCAGCCCGCGGGGGAGGCAGAGCGUAAUGCGAUUAUGCUCUCCGUAGGGAUACUUGCGCCCCUGAGCCAUGGUAGGCUCGGAAGAAGCUGGAAGCACGCUGCAGGACUCAAGGACCUUGCCAUACAGCUAGCAACCGACCCAGACGACACCCAGCCAUUGUCCGAAUAUUGGGACACACACCAAUUGAGAGACAGUGAGGGAAGCUCACCACCAGAGUCGCCUUUGGAAUCCAUGUCUCAUACCAAACCGGCCUCUGCUGUGCCGCCUGCGAAACGUCGACAGCGAGCUCUGAGUGAUGCAACCGCACUCAUAUCAAGCCGUACACUACCGUCAUACCAUCCUGCGUUGACUCUGCCGGACUUCCUAGACACCUUUGGACCCUUGAUAUUCCCUCUAUAUCGGGCAGCUCUCUUGCGGAAACGAAUAGUCUUCCUUGGUGAUGCUCCGGUCGAGUCGUCUUGUAAUUUUAUAUAUAACAUAUCCCUAUUAUCAUCUCUACCCCAGAACUUGCUAUCUCUCCUCUCUUCUACCAAAGAUAUACCCAGCCUCCGACCUCGGCCGUUAUUCAAUGUCGGCAUACACGACAUGGCACAGCUGUCUGCCCUGUCUAACACUGCUGACCCAUGCUGGAUAGCAUGUUCCAGUGAUCGCGUGCUCGGACUACGGCCAGAGCUCUAUGACAUCCUCGUUACCCUUCCACCAAACUAUUCCAGGCAAGCACCCGAAAGAAUAUACCCCAAAAUGUCCCUUUCCCCUCCAACUGCUGCAGGCCAGCACAAGGACCCAAAAGCAAAGUCCACCCCCAUAAAAGCUACACAACGAGAUACCCGUCGUUUCAUAACGCUACGAGAUGGCCUCAGAGAGUUUUCGCGGCUAGGCGAGAUAUCCGGGCCUGAGAGAGAAGACUCAGAUAACCUGUCCACUUUCUCGUCAAACUCCCUAGUUGAACCGAUUUCCUGGCCAUUACUAGCAUAUACCUCAUUCAUAUGGUGGGCAUCUGCCGGAGAAAAGGGCGCAGGGCCAUCAGACGAAGAAGCAGAGCAAGACGCAGAACUGCUCCAGCUAUCCAGUGACGACACGGAAGCGGCAGUAGACGACCAUUCAAACCAGACUUCACUCCGCCGUCGGGAAUCAAUGGUCGUACCGGAUGCAAACAACACGUCCCAGGAGAUAGCCAUCAUAACGUAUUUCCGUCGGCUAACAACCCACAUAUUCACCAUCUUAUUCGACAUUAUUACUCGCGAGACAGAAGAAGACAUAGACGAGUCGGCUGGUUGUAGCAAUAGGAGCGAAGUGUCCUCGCUUCGCCGCUACCGAGAUAAUGAAGGCGAAGAGCGGGACGAUGACGAGCACAACUCAUCGACUCUUGUAGGCGAGCACGAUGAUCAGCCCCUGUUGCGUACGCCGGAAGAGGACGACGUGAUCAUGAUCACUUCUUCGGAUAUAACUAACAUGGGACUUGAUGCCUGGAGUCAUGCCGAUAAAGUCUUUGUUGUCGAGCUGGUGAAUGUCUGGUGGGGACGAAAGGCGCAGGUUGAGGGAUCCCAUAUUCAGUGUUGCGGUGUAAGAAUCAUAUAA